AUGAGCAGGGAGGCGAGGCCGCAGAGUGAGGCAGAGGGGCAGGCCGGGGAAGCAGAGGACGAUGACAUGGCAGAAGGCGAUUUAGGGUAUGGCCUCAGAAGAAGGCCCGGCGGCAUUUAUGAAGUGCAAGUUUCACAUUUAUUUACAUCUAGAAAAAGAUCAGAUGGAAAGGCCUUUAGUCCUCCCCCGUUUUCAAGAAAUGGGGAAGAAAGAAACAGUGCCGUUUUUCAGUAUUCCAAGCAUAAGAGCUCGCAUGAUACAUACCUGGAAGGACCCCAGAUUCCCUAUCACUGCCGACAAAGUAGCACUGAUUCUAAUUCAGAGUUGUCAAAUGAGGAAUUAAGGCAACGUCUUCAGGAAACUUCAGAGGAGGUAGAAAUUUUGAAAACUGAACUUGAGGCAUCUCAAAGACAUCUUGAAGGUAAAGAGGAAGCAUUGAGAAUUCUUCAAAGCAAUGCAAUAUUUGGCAAAGCCACAAGUCAUACCCAGGCAGUGCUUCAAAAAACUGUGGAACAAAAGAGAUCCUUGGAGAAGGAAAUAAAUGCCUUGCAGUGGGAAAUAGAAUUUGAUCGCAAUAGAUUUAAAAAUAUAGAGGAAUCUUGGAUCCAAAAAUAUGACAGGCUAAACUGUGAAAAUGCAGUCCUCAAAGAAACUUUGAAACUGAAAACAGAAGAAAUUAAAAUGCUCAAGUCUGAAAAUACAAUUUUGAAUCAACAGUAUUUGGAGACCCUUGUCAUGCUUGAUAUCAAACAGCAGAAGAUGGCUCAGGAAAACACAUGCCAGGACACAAGUGGCUUUACAGAGGUUUCAGGUCUUGAGCUUGCAGUCCUGGGAGCCUGCCUUUGUCACGGUCCCAGAGGGAGCCCCUGUACCUGUGCCAGACUGGCAGCAUCUACUCGGAAAAUGCUCCUUCAGGUCAAACAGGAGUUGGAACUUCUGCAGAAGAGUAAAGAAGAAGCCUACAUAAUGGCAGAUGCAUUCAGAAUUGCAUUUGAGCAACAAUUAAUGAGGAAAAAUGACCAGGCACUAAGAUUGACACAAAUGGAUAAAAUGUGUAAGAAAGCAACAAAAGGGACAAAUUGGAAGCACCUUAAAGAUGAUGGGUUACCAUCACAAAGGAGUAAGAAGACCUUAGGGCAGAAACUGUUGGGUAUGCUCCCUUUGGAAAACAGUUCUAAGAGUAUUGAUGACCAGCAUGAUCCUCAGGAAGUCUUUAAGAUGCUAAUAGAUUUGUUAAAUGAUAAAGAAGAAGCUUUGGCUCAUCAAAGAAAAGUUAGUUACAUGCUUGCUCGGGCUUUGGAAGACAGAGGCACCACCUCAAAAGAGAAUAAAGAAAAAAGUCCUAUGAAAGACAGUUCUCCAUUUAAAAACCCCUGGCAGAAAACUUCAGAAUUCCCUGUUUUACGUGAUCCUGUACAUUCAAGUGUUCAAAUUUUUAAUUCUGUGGGCUGCAUUUGUUCAAUUCAGCACUUUCAAACAGAUCAAAACUACACAAGAACUCUUAAAAGAUCUUAUUCUUUGCCAUCAAAUAUCAUGUACUGAAGACAAACCAGUUGAAAUUAGAACUGAGAGCUGUUUAUAUCGAGACUUUGAAAACGGACCAUGUAAAUGUUGCUACAUCUUCAGAAGUUGUGUUUUCUGGGUAUUCUAAAUUUGGGGAAGCAGCUUAAAUAAAUGUUCUCUACA